CCAUUUGUUUGUAUGACACGCGAGAAGCAAACGGAUCUGGAAAGCGGUGGCGAACUGUGUCUAUCGGCGGACGAGAACUACAUGAGCCAACAGUCGGCCGACGCUAACGUGCGAGUGAAUGGCACUCAACCCAAACGACUGCACGUCAGUAAUAUUCCCUUUCGAUUCAGAGAUCAAGACUUACGCAACUUGUUUGGGGGCUUUGGUUUCGUAACGUUUGCCAAUUCAGACGACGCGGACAGAGCGCGGGAUGCACUCAACGGAACGGUAGUCGAGGGCAGAAAGAUUGAGGUAAACAACGCUACGGCUCGGAUCCAAUCGAAGAAGAAUGGUUCCCUCACUCCAGUACCCAAUGCAGUGACCACAUUGAGAGGUGCCAUACAAAGAGGUCGGGCACGGAGUGGCACUUUGGCAGCAUUUGCAAGACAUCCUACACCACUACCAAUAACUGCUACCCCGCAUGUGAAUGUAUAUCAAGAUCCUUUCUUAGCUUAUGCGGCUGGAGCUGAGAGGGCUUAUCCAUUGCCUGCGUCGUAUGCCGCGAGUGCCGCAUAUACUGCAGCCGCCGCUCGAAGUUAUGCGUCUGCUGUGGCGGCCGCACAACCCGUCGCCACGUAUGCCAAUAUUGCAGGAUAUGGUCGAGAAUAUGCAGAGCCAUACUUAGGACACAGUAUCGGUCCCGUCGCUGGAUAUGGCGUAUGA